AUGGAUACACCAAGCCCUAGAGACCCUCGUUUCUCACCAAGAAGUCAAGCUUCUACACUUCCAAGAUUGGAAGCAAUGCAAAGACCAUCACCACCUACUGAAGAAGAAGAUACUUGGCAGUAUGAUCCCAUUGAUCCCAACAAGAUAAGCCCCAUGAAGCUUAAAGAGUUCAAUGCUAAGGUGAAAUCACUUCCAUUCUAUGUCACUUUUGAAGAAGCUUGGGAUAAACAUGGUCUAGUGGAGUUCUUUUUCACAACUAGUGAAAACAAAGAAGAGAUACACCAACUUUUCAGGAAGGCUCGAUUUCCCCUUGCCCCUCAUGGAGUCAAUCAACCACCAUCACCACCAUCAUCACCACCACCCAGUGCUAAAGUUCAGCCAACCUUCAAGACCCUCUACAAGAUUGAAGACCCAGGUCAAUUCUCUAUUCCCUGUCAAGUAAAUGGUCAUUACUUUGAUAGAACACUAUGCGAUUCUGGCUCUUGCAUAAACCUCAUGCCAACCCAAACCGCCAAACUCCUUGGCAUCACACGCUUGCAACCUGCUCAAAUUAGUAUUGGACUUGCUAACCAUACUAUAGCCAAGCCAAGAGGAGUUGUUAUUGAUGUUCUUCUAGAGAUUGGAGAUAUCAAGAUCCCGGUGGACUUUCAUGUCAUAAACAUUCAAGGAGGAUGUGACACACCAUUGAUACUAGGCCGACCCUUUUUGGCCACUGCUGGAGCUGUCAUGGACCUUCCAAACCGGCGAAUGUCCUUAGCCAAUGUUGACAAGACAGUCUUUUACAAGACCAUACCAUUCAUCUCACCAAACAAGCUGUCUUACCUCAUCACUGCCCAAGGCCGCCCAAGAGAGCCACCAGACCACACUCAAGGUCACAAUGAGACAAGAACUAAAAGACUAUGUCUCAGGCCGUGCCCUUACCCCAUCUCCAACUAA